UCCUCCACUUUUUUAUCAGGGUACGGUCCCUCCAUGUAGAAUGGCGAGGUUUUUUGUAGAGAGAGAAUCAAACACUGCAGUCUUUCUCUCUCUCUCAUUGGGAAGGCAAGCGUGCAGGCACCGCAGUGUGGCUAAUGGUGUGGGUUCCUCCUCAUGCAGUCUGCAAGAGCAGGGGGAAAUGGACCCUCUGAUUAUUCCCCUUAUUAUAAUUAUUAGUAUCUCUUUCUCUCUCUAGGGAUUCUCUUUCGCUCUCUAUAAAGUAAGCGGACCGACAGUAUUCUCCUGCAAGAACCCGGACCAAAAGUUUCUCAAUUUCUAAAGCGAGGGGUGCGGGGGGGUCUCUGAAACAGCUGGAGAAAGUGACUGGGAAGAGAGAGAGAGAGAAUGGAGGGUCAGAGUUCUUGCUUGUUUGGAUACAGCGCCAUGAUGGGUUUUGGAGAAAACAAUAACAGUAGUAGUAAUAAUAGCAAUAACAAUGAUAAUCGUAGUAAUGGAGGAGGAGGAGGAGGAGGGGGGUGUUUUGGUGGUAAUGCGAUGAUGAUUGUGACACCUUCGAGCCCUCCGGUUUUGCAGCGUCCUGCUCAUGGAGAAGAAGCGAAUAACAAAGACAAAAAGAGUAAUGACAGUUGUUAUAUGGUAGAGGAUGAGACCUCCAUGAAAGCGAAGAUCAUGGCUCACCCCCACUUCGCCCGCCUGUUGAACGCAUAUGUAAACUGUCAGAAGGUCGGAGCGCCUCCUGAGGUGGUGGCUCAGCUAGAAGAGGUGUGCGUAGCGGCUGCAGCCGCCUCCAAAUCCUCUUCAACAACGGCAGCGGCAGCGGCGGCGGCAGCAGCAGCAGCAGCAAGAGGAGGUGAGGAGGAGGAGCCAGCACUGGAUCAGUUCAUGGAAGCCUACUCAGAAAUGCUCACCAAAUACGCGCAAGAGCUCACCAAGCCCUUGGAAGAAGCCAUGCUCUUCCUCUCCAGGAUCGAUUCUCAAUUCAAGGCCCUCACCUUAACUUCGCCUUCCCCCUCCUCAGCUUUUGCUAGAACACUAGAGCGAAAUGGUUCAUCUGAGGACGAGGUUGAUGCUAUUGAUAAUGGUAUUGAUCCACUAGCGGAAGACAGAGAGCUAAAAGGCCAACUGUUACGCAAGUAUAGUGGAUACUUUGGCAGCCUAAAGCAGGAAUUCUUGAAGAAGAGAAAGAAAGGGAAGCUCCCAAAGGAAGCAAGGCAACAACUACUUGACUGGUGGGGUAGACAUUACAAAUGGCCAUAUCCAUCGGAGUCUCAAAAGCUGGCCCUUGCUGAAUCAACAGGCCUUGAUCAGAAGCAGAUAAACAACUGGUUCAUCAACCAGAGGAAAAGGCAUUGGAAGCCAUCUGAGGAGAUGCAGUUUGUGGUCAUGGAUGCCUCUCAGCCUACUCAUUAUUACAUGGAUGAUAACCUUCUUCAUUUCCCCAUGGAUUGCACCUCCACCCUUCUCUGAAUUAUAAUUCCUUUCUUCUUUAACUAAUUAUUAUGCCUCACUUUGUUGUGCUUGCUUCCCCCUUGCCUUAAACCUAGACUUCCAUCAGGUUGCUUGCUUUGUUGGAGUUUGGAUACUUUGGUAUUUAGUGCAUUAGAAUCCCGUGGCCUGAUAUUACUGCACUGGGCAUCUGUAGGGCUUCCUGACCAAUCAGAGAGAGAGGAUAAAAGUAGUAGGGCUGAACUAUUGGAAAUUAAUUUAAUGUUUUGAAAA